AUGAAUGAUGUAGUCCCAGUAGGUGUUCAAAUAGGAGAAAAAGUCGUCUUGAAAUGUUGCGGCUCUGGAAAUGCAAGAUCCUGGCUAGGCCCAGCUUUCAACAAUGCAUCGACAGAAAGUAUUGUUUAUUUUUCAAACAAUAACAAAAACCCAAAACUAAACCGGUCACAAUACUUCAUUCAGAGUAAUGACAGAAACUAUGAUUUGAAUAUCUUUAAUUUUCGACAAGAGAAUACUGGUUUUUAUGUAUGCAGAUUUGUAAAUAAUGGAGGAUUUCACGAGACUAAGUUUAACGUCUCUUUGAAAGAUACGUCACCGAGUAGAACAAUAAUGUACGACGAAGGAAGCAAUUCUGUUUUAAAUGCUACUACAGAUUGGGAAACAAACGCAACACAAAUGACAGAAGAUAUUCCUUGUUCAUGUACUUCGACAAUGAAUAAUGACUUUUGGAAGUUAUCAGGUAGUUUUAUAGGAGGCAUUCUUGUAUGUCUAAUCUGUUCAAAUAUUUAUUGUUACAAAACACGUAAGAAAGCAUCGGAGGAUUUCUUGGACGUUCCUCGAGAGGUUCAGUAUGAUGAAAUAGGCAUCAUUGACUAUAAUGUUGUUAACAUUGAGACCUUGCGUGACGAUACAAGAUGCCGAACGUCUGUAAUGAAUUUCUCUAGGACCUACAUUGAUACAAGUUCUACCAAAUCACCAACUUUAAGCUACAGUUCUACCAGUGACUCAUUAUCAAGGAAAACAGAAGGAUCUGAAAAUACAUACCAAUCAAUAAACCUGGAUCAAAAUCCUACUCAGGAACAUAGAAAGAAUGCUGGAAAUACCAUGCCAUCAGCUAGUGUCUAUGACAUUGAUACACAUUCAAUCCAAUCAGCAACUUCAAGCAUCAGUUCUACCAAUGACUCAUUAUCAAGGAAAACAGAUGGAUCUGAAAAAACAUACGAACCAAUAAACUUAGCUCAAAAUCAUAUUCAUGAAUUAAAGACAUGUAACGUUAGCACCACAACUUUAACUAGCGUAUAUGCAAAUACUGUGGUUUUCCCUAUUACAAGUCAAACAAUGAAAGGUGAUCAGGGUGAUAGAGCACCAUGGCUAUUUAUCUACAAUCGCAUAGAAAAUUGA